UUUGUGAAAGACUACGUGUUGCCGUGGAGUGGCACGCAGCCAUUCUUCCGCGACGGCGGCAGCGACGGCGAGAAGCUCUUCAUCAGGCACCCACUUAAUCAGCGGCGCCAGCGGGGGACAAUGCGGCACUACAAGAAGUUGAUUCUCAAACAGGGCGUGUCUUGGUCUGAUAGGGCGGGAGAUAUCGUCGUUCAGCCCACUUGCCUUGACCCCAGCAAGUGGAUCCUGAGGGUGCUCGGUGGGGCCACCUUGCUGGACGCUUGCUACAACGCCAUCAAGGACGCCCCGAAGAACGAGCAGGUCUUAUCGAUGAUCGACCACCAGGUGCCCCGCGUCCAGCUCCUCAAUCCGAACACGCCCCCUGGCGCGCUGUACUGGAUCAGAGUGCAAUGCAAUAAGCUGGUGGCCAUCGGCAGCACCGCGAGCUUCUUCGAGAAGCUCGAGCUCGCGCCCGUCGUCGUGGCCCAUUGGCAGCAGCAUCGGGCAGCGCUCCGCAAGAAGCGCAAGGGGGAGGGCGAGGCUGAGGAGGAUGGAGGCGAGGGCGGGGAGGGCGAGGGAGGCGGUGCCGAAGCCGACGCCGAAGACCCUGGCGAGGCUGGCGAGGAGGCCGAGGAUGAGGAGGCGGAGGGCGACUGCGAAGAAG